AUGCAGCAGCAAAACAUUAUUUCCUCAAGUUGCAGUGCAACUCCUACCAAAUUCACGCAUAACUUCUUUUCACAACACAUAAAAUUAAUUUCUUUAAUUUUAAUCUUUUUAUCAGUAUUAAUCGUAGCUCCUCCAGUACCUUCUUUAUCAUCUGUUUUUCAAAGCUUUGCUAAUUACUCUGCCGCUGCUUAUUGUAAGGCUCCUUUGGAUAAUUGGGACUGUGGAGAAGUCUGUCAGGCAAAUGCCGGUACCAAAGUGGUUAAAGUAUUUGAAAACAAAGAUCUUCACACAAAGGGUUUCAUAGCCAAGGAUGAAUCAGAAAAAUUAAUCGUCGUAUCAUAUAGAGGCACGAUACCAUUUGAUUUUAAAAAUAUCAUUACUGACAUAAAAUAUUUCAAGAAAGAUUAUAUUAUACCUAAUACUCGGGUACACCUUGGAUUUUAUGAUGCUUUUCUCGCAAUUCAACCACAAGUUACCGAUGAUCUUAUAAAAUUGCACGAAGCAAAUCCCGAUUUCAGGAUCGGAUUUAUGGGUCACAGUUUAGGUGGUGCACUUGCUGCAUUUUCGGCAUUAGAUUUUAUACAACAAGUUCCAGCAUUAGCUAAUAAAAAUGAGCAAGUAUUUCUUUCUACAUUUGGUCAACCAAGAGUUGGUGAUAAAGAAUUUGCUAAAUAUGCUGGAGAUAACCUAAUUACAAAAAGAACUAUAGUUAAAGGUGAUCCGAUUCCUCGUUUGCCUCCAAAAUUUCCAGUUCCACUAUUUAAUGGCUUUUACGAACAUUUUGGUAGUGAAAUAUAUAUAGAUAAACCUGAUACAGAUCCAAAUAGCUUUAUUGAAUUAGAGAAUGCUGAAGAUCCAAAAGGUUCUGAAUCGGUAUUUCCGAUCUUCUUAAAACUUAAGUCUCAUACGGGUCCCUAUUUUGGUGGUGUUACUAUGAAAGAUUGUGAUAAAAAGGCCAAUGGCCAAA